UUCAAAAUCAAUCUCUCCGUCUUUCUCUCUCUCAUUCUCAGUCUCAGUUCAAUCUCUGAUUAACUCAGAAUUUCUUCUACCAAAGCGAAGAUGAUCGCUGCUUUCAAAGCUGAAGAAGCAAGCCAGAUGCAGCUCGUUGAACGAGAAGAAAUUGACGAUGACGAAGACUUGUUUGAAGCUAUUGAUAAAUUAAUCGCUCAAGGUAUAAAUGCCGGAGAUGUUAAGAAACUUCAAGACGCCGGUAUCUAUACAUGCAAUGGCUUGAUGAUGCAUACCAAAAAGAACCUCACUGGAAUCAAAGGUUUAUCGGAGGCCAAAGUUGACAAAAUCUGUGAAGCAGCUGAGAAGAUAGUGAAUUUCGGUUAUAUGACUGGGAGUGAUGCUCUGCUCAAGCGGAAUUCGGUGGUUCGGAUCACUACAGGGAGCCAAGCUCUUGAUGAUCUCCUAGGAGGUGGAAUCGAAACUUCAGCCAUCACAGAAGCUUUUGGGGAGUUUAGGUCUGGGAAAACACAACUGGCGCAUACCCUCUGUGUCUCCACACAGCUUCCUACGAACAUGAAAGGUGGGAAUGGCAAGGUGGCUUACAUUGACACCGAAGGAACUUUCCGACCCGAUCGGAUUGUCCCAAUAGCAGAAAGAUUUGGAAUGGAUCCGGGAGCUGUGCUUGACAAUAUCAUUUAUGCCCGUGCUUACACCUACGAACAUCAAUACAACCUGCUUCUCGGGCUAGCGGCAAAAAUGUCUGAAGAACCAUUCAAGCUUCUAAUCGUUGACUCAGUCAUUGCUCUAUUCCGAGUGGAUUUCACCGGAAGAGGCGAACUCGCCGAGCGACAGCAAAAACUAGCACAGAUGCUUUCUCGGCUCAUCAAAAUCGCCGAGGAAUUCAACGUCGCUGUCUACAUGACCAACCAAGUGAUAGCCGAUCCAGGAGGAGGAGUGUUCAUAUCGGAUCCAAAGAAGCCAGCGGGAGGGCAUGUGCUCGCUCACGCGGCCACGAUCAGGCUAAUGUUCAGGAAAGGCAAAGGCGAGCAACGUGUGUGUAAAGUGUUUGAUGCUCCAAAUCUCCCCGAGGCUGAAGCAAUAUCCUUUCACAAACUCAAUACACACACACAUAUACACAGACAAGGAGACAUUCCUUUUUUUCACAUUUUUGGUUCACCAAUGUGAAUUUUCCUUAACAGAGUUUGGCACAUUUUCCAGAUAACCCCAGGAGGAGUUGCAGAUGCAAAGGACUAAAACCGAAAGAACAGCUUUAUAUAUAUAUAUAUAUACAUAUACAUAUAUUCACUUAUGCAUCUACCUACUGUUUUUCUUCUUCCUGUUUUUCCCCCCUUCUUGUUAGAGGCAUGAUGCAUACAUAAGCAUGUCAUCAGAUUUCCUUUCUUACAAAUUUUUUUAAAAAAAUUUAAACUCUUGUUUUGGUGUCCCAUCAGAUGAACUCAUGACACACGUAAAUGGAUCUAUGUCAAAUCAUAGGCAAAGACCAGACCACCAUGGAUCCGAAUAAGUUUAUUACUUAAGUUACUAAGAUCUGCAACAUAAAAAGUACACUAAAGCAGAAGAGAUGUGUAUGCAAAAUCCAGUCUCUGCACUGAAACGAAAAAAAAAAAGGCUUUUCUUUGUCUAAGUCUAGGGUUCAAAGGGGCAGAAGAACAAACCAGAGUUAGGGUGUUUUGUUUCAGACUCGGUUGUAUG